AUGACAUAUUGUCAUCAAUUUCUAAGCAACCUUUCGUCAUUGACCCGAUUCCGUCUUCACACCGGUAACGUCAAUGGAUACACUCAGUUGAAGGUUCGCCGAUUCGAGACUUCAGCCGAAGAGCUGUCAGCAUGUCUGGACCUACAACUCACGUCAAACCCUAUUGCUGCUGAUUUCAAGGAAAAUAGUUGUUUGCUGCUAUGCGACAACGAUCAUAUGGACAAUUACGAACGCGAUGAAAUCAAAAUUACAAUGAAGGUGUUUUUGUCAGCCUGGGACGUUCAGCAAAUAGAACAGGCUGUUACAAGCCUCAAGGAGCAACUGAAGACCAAAGAUAUUGAGGUUCUUAUUCUCUCCUUCCCCGAGCUCGAUCUCAUUGAUGGGGAGUCAGAAGACGAUGAGCACCUCCGUUGGUUCGACAAGGUUAAACCUCUUUACACAUAUAUGGAGAAGCUUGUGGAAACAUCGGAAAUCGCUUCAAUCGGAGUAUCUGAUUUCUCUGCUCGCCAACUCAAAGAAGUUCUUGGCCACUUCGAUGUGAAACCAAGUAUUAACCAUGUUCGUCUCGAUGGGUGUUGCCAAGUUCCCCCAGAGUUGCAAGCACUUGCCAAUGACAACGAUGUUCAACUGUUGGUACAUAAUGAUCCAACACCCUUCCCAACCAAUAAUAUUUUCAAGACUUUCUGUGAGAUUGACAGCGGUUGUGAAAAACCAAUGUGCAGUCCACUCUUCGAAACAACUUGGCUUUCACGGUACUCUGUCUGGGUGCGAAAGCGUUCCAUCAUGACGUCAAAAGGAUACAUUGUUCAAUUCAUUAGAAAGCAUGAUUGA